GGCAUAUCUCUAGUCUUCAGUCCGAAUCCUUUGCUAGUUGAUUCUGAUGGAUAUUCUUGUCUGGUUUAUCUAGGUCUUUCCAGAGGAACACAUCACUAGGCCCACGAUGGCAGAGGACGAAAGCCGGUCUGAAGCGACUGAGUGUUCGCCUCAGCCUGACGAGUCUUCCUCCGUGGAGAAUAACAACCAGGAGCACAACGAUGGCCUCUCUGGAGCCAGAGAAAGCACAAUCUCAGCCUCAGCCUCAGCUGUACGAGACCUUGGCAACGAUGACAACUAUGUUGGCACACAAUCGAGACAGCAGCCUUUGCAAGCAGGAAGAGGACGUAUGCCUCCCCAGCUAGCGCUACAGGCGUAUCUUAUCCGCCAGCAGUACAUUGCAGGCAUUCCACCCGAUCAGAUGGUGUCCAUGACGGGCCGCAGAGCCGGUGAACUCGAGCCGCGAGAAGGAAGACCAGCCGGACAAGCGAGGGUGCCGUCCAUACUGCAGUUCAGUAAUGACGGUAUUUUUGUGCCGCGCAUCCCUCCUGCACGCUUCAACGGGCCGCUGCGCCCAUUACCAGAUUCGUUGCUUGGGCUAGGAGGUGUGACUCGUUCGAGCGAUGGCAAUAGUGCAACCAAUAUCGGAACCACGCAACCUCCCGGGAAUAUCUUGACCUCUACCCAGACCGAGGAGACGUCUGAUUCUGUUCGAGGCCUGGUUCUAAACCCUUCACCGAAACUGGAAUGCACGGAUGACAGUGAAUCUAAUGGCCAUAAGGAUGGAGAUGGGAUCCAGUCCACUAGCCCUGACUAUGCGAUGUUGUCAAGCUUGGUGAAAUGUCCGGACCUUUUCCCCAAGAUUGCCAAGUGGCUUGAACUUGAAGAUAUUAAGAAUCUCUACACAAUCUCUAGGGGGCUCAAUGCCUUUAUGAAUGAGCACAUGGCGCAGAUCGUCGAAGACCAAGCCGCGAAAAGAAACCCCCUAACCUCCCAGAUAUUCCCCUGGCAGUGUUACAGCAAAGUACGCAUGCCCAUUGCACCCGAGAGCGAACAAUCCAUGGAGAAAGAUGCUCUGGAAAAUAUCGACCAAGUGGUACCUACAUUCAAGUGGCUCUCAAUGCUCAGUCACCGCGAGAUGGUGCUCAAAGACAUCAUGGGUCUCAUGACAGCAAGCGGGAAUGCGCUACCACCGUGCUGUGAAAUGGUUUUAUUCAAGAUUUGGUUCCUGAUGGACAUACCGGAUAACGCACGACGACAGUGGACUGUGCGGAACAAGAAUCUUUGGACCGACGACGACAUCUUCUUUGCAGCGCUAAUCUUCGUGAGGCUCGAGCUUCGUUUUGAGGCCAGUCUCGCUGGGCUCCAAACCGACGGGAUGCGACGCCUGCUCAUGGCCCAACCUGGACUGACACUGCUGUGGAAUUCCCUGAGAACGACAUCACUACAGAGUCAUUUCGAAACCCUCCGUGCAUUUGUCCGCUGGCGGUACAUGCCGACUCCAAGUGAGGCGGGUAUGCCUAUCUUUGGAGUCCCCCUCGAGGAGAUCGGCACCCUGCAGUAUGAAGGAUACGGCAAGAGCGAGAGUAAAGUGCGGCUGCAGAGACCAGAUCAGAUCAUACUCAAGGAAAGCCGUCGACGCCAGAUUGAUAUGCGGCGGUUGUAUACGGAAAUCGAAGUGCGUCUACCUAAUAUAUUGCGGCCUGACAGCACAAUCCCUCACGAGCCAGUCCCUUCCUCUGCUCUAUGGAUCCAGGGAAUUCUACAAGCAUCUGAGCGCACCGAAUUUACCGAGUUGGAAAAGAUCACAUUGGAUGAGUGAGACAAGUCGAGGAUCAGGGGGCUUGCAAGCUUCAAGUUCUCAAAGUCAAUAGUCAAUACCUACCUUGCCACAAUAGCAUAUAGGGAUAAAGACGAAGCUCUACAAGUUAUUAACCAUUGGAAAUGAUAGAAAAACACUGCAUCUAGCUAUGUAGAGAAACGCAC